CACCGCCGCCAUUUAUAUAUCGCCGCCAUUUUAUACGAGCCUAACCUCGCGCAGAUUAGAUUACGAGCACGACGGCAAAAUGGAAAACCAGCUCUGCAAGCUCUUUGUCGGUGGACUUAAUGUCCAAACUACGGACGAUGGCCUGCGCACGCAUUUCGAGCAGUUCGGAAACCUCACGGAUUGCGUGGUGGUGCAGAACCAGCAGCUGAAACGUUCUCGCUGUUUCGGUUUCGUGACCUACUCGAGUCCGGAGGAGGCGGACGCGGCCAUGUCGGCCCGUCCUCAUGUGUUGGACGGGAAUAACGUCGAGAUCAAGAGAGCCGUAGCGCGCGAAGAUGCCGGCAGACCCGAGGCCCUAGCUAAGGUGAAGAAAAUAUUCAUCGGUGGCCUUAAAGACGACAUUGAAGAGGAUCACCUCCGCGACUGUUUUUCUCAGUUCGGUGCGGUGGAGAAAGCAGAGGUGAUCACGGACAAAGAGACCGGCAAAAAAAGAGGCUUCGGCUUUGUGUAUUUCGAGGAUAACGAUUCUGCCGACAAAGCCGUGGUCCUUAAGUUUCACAUUAUUAAUGGACAUAAAGUGGAGGUGAAGAAAGCCCUGACCAAGCAGGAGAUGCAGGCUGCUGGUAGUCGCGGUGGUCGGGGAGGCCGAGGAGGCGGACGGGGGAUGGGCAGACCGCAGAACGGCUAUGGCGGACGAGGCGGCGGAUACGGCAGUUACGGAGGCGGCUAUGGGGGAAGUGAUGGUGGCUACGGCGGAGGCUAUGGAGGCGGAUACGGUGGCGGGUAUGGGGGAGGCUACGGCGACCAAAUGGAGAGCUACGGCGGGGGUAACGGCUACAGUGACUUUGGCAGCGGCUAUGGCCAGCAGUCCUCUGGCUAUGGCCCAAUGAAAGAGGGAGAAAAUAAAAUCUCACUUCCAAGUGUGGCUGGUUGAUAACCUCUGCUUCAGCUGAGAAUCCAGUAGCCCUAAAGGACAAUACGAGGACUUCUUCUGAGUUAACAUAUGGAAUGCAUACACUGUGUGCCUGGGACCGCCUAUAGGCAAGAUGCCUUUGCCAUGUCCGGUGAAGAUGAUGCCUUGAUGACGUCAGGUUGAAGAUCAGCUGGCUGGAGUUUAUACGUGUAAAUGUUGGAGUUGAAUGAAAUUUUACUUGUUCACAUAAAUGUGUUUUAUGUGUUGCGAAUUCAAUAAAGAAAAAAAUAAAGAAAUACAUCUGGUGUCUGUUAAUGUAUGAAUGCAUCGAGAAGUGGGGUCUUAAGGCUCGUACAGACUACAUGACUUUAAAACGUUGGUCCGAACUGUGCGGUUCACACUACAUGACUUGCUCUCUGUGAAAUCAGGAGUGUUCACGUUGUUGAUCAGUUCACACCACACGACAUAACGUGACUGCCCCACAACAGGAGGUAACGCACUACACGAGUUGAGAACAACUCUAUCACCCGGCGAUUCUAUCUUGUCCACAAACCACGUUUUGUCACGAAAAAUCACGCGAUAAAACAAACCGGAAGUGACGCGAAACAACACGCGCACCAGUAAACCCACAGAAGAAGAAUCAAGACGACGCGCAAAACUUUUGUUUGUAUAUAUAGACUUCAGACAGAAAUUAGUGCUGCAAACCGUUUGCGCGAUGCAAAGCCGCAAAAGAAAAAAACGAAGAGAUGUGUAUGUGGAGAGGUGGAUCAACACCACACGCGGACAGCAGGGAUUUAAGAUAUGGAGGUGAGUACAGCUUGUUUAUAUAGGAAAUAUAGCUGCAUGCUUAUGUUUGGCUAUGAUCACAUUUAAAAUAUCAACGUGUUGUCUACUGUGUUUAAAAGCUGUGUUUCUUGAUUUAAUUAUCGUUCAAAUAGAAUAGGACAGGCUUCGCAAAGCAUGACUUGGAGAGCGUUUGUCUUUGACCCUGCGAUUCUAUGCAACAGGUGACACGUUCAAGUCCCUGAGGUUCAAGUCCAGGAUGGGGGACCAGCACCAUCCCACAAAUAGUUUUGGAUACCUGUUCUGUUCUGUACCAGGUUAUAAAGGACGAUUUCUUGAAGACACCACCAACGGAAGGAGAGUGGCAUAGCCGUGGACUUCGAAAGGAAGUGGCAGUUUCCACAUUGCUUUGGGGUACUUACUACCACUCCAGCUGUAGCAGACUGCUGACCAAAACAUGGUUGAUGGGCAAUGGAAGAAUCGUGUGAUGGGUGCUUUUCAACCGAUGAACACCACCUCACAUCGCAAUUGUAUGGCAACAGCAAAAGUGCAAUUCACUCUGAUGCGGGACUACUUUGUCUUACCAGCGGGUAGUGUUUAUUGGCAAGUUCAACACAUUUUAAACGGAACUGAUGUAGAGUUAUCCCUGCAAACAGCAGAUUAAAGCCAGUUAUUGUCAGUUUAGGACAUUCGUUUUCUUGUGUGUUCUAAAGUCCUGUAUUUGUAAAGAACACAAUGUGGUUCACUUUUUCAUUGUUUUAAGUAUUCUGUUUAUUGUUGUGUUAUUAUUCAAUUAAUUUUAAUUGCAUACAAAUCAAAAGGUGCAGGAAUGUAACAAAUAAAGGCAAUCUGCAUGUUGCAAUUAAGUGCCUUGUACUAACUUUAUUUCUUGAUCCACACUCAUUAUUCACAGAACAUUAACAAUGUUUCUAUACUACGGCGCUAAACAUCAACAUAUCUGAUCAUGCUAAAAAUUUAUGGGGAUUGUGAUGAUAAGCUCUGGGCAUUUUUACUCAAUGUGGAUUAAUCUAACAGCCAAUCACACACAAUUAUAUUACGAUAUUUAUAUAUCACCCAGCCCUUAAAAGGGCUCUACAUAGGGAUUUUUGUAAUGUUUAAUUGUGUUAAUGUGGUGCACUGCACGUGUUCUAACAAUGUAUAUUUUGUCUGUCCACAUAAUAUACAUUCAAAUGUACUACAUUGUUUUCAAGUUGCACAAACAACAAUGCAAGGCUAUAAAGCACUA